UCCCGUCUCAUGAAGCCGCUGGUAGCGUUUGUGCUUGGCGUUCCUGGCGCCGGCAAGGAGACCCACUGCGCCCUGAUCCUCGAGAAAUAUGGCUGCACACACCUUCCUCCAGGAGAACUUCUUCAUGAUGAAAGGAAGAAUCCAGAUUCACAAUAUGGUGGACUCAUUGAAAAGUACGUUAAAGACGGAAAGAUUGUGCCAGUUGAGAAAACCAUCAGUUUAUUAAACAGGGGAAUGGGUAAAACAAUGGCUGUCAGUGCUCAGAAGAAUAAAUUCUUGGUUGACAAGUUUCCGAGAAGUCAAGACAACCUUCCAGGUUGGAACAAGACCAUGGAUGGGAAGGCAGAUGCAUCUUUCGUCCUGUUUUUUGACUGUGAUAAUGAGAUCUGUAUGGAAGGACGCCUUGAGAGGGGACAGAGUGGUGGUAAGGGUGACAACAGAGAGAGCUUGGAAAAGAGAAUUCAGACCUGUUUUCAAUCAACAAAACCAAUUAUGGACUUAUAUGAAAAAAUGGGGAAAGUCAGGAAAAUAGAUGCUGCUGAACCUGCUGAUGAAGUUUUUAAUGGAGUUGUGAAGAUUUUUGGCAAGGAAGUUAAUGAAGGCAUCAACAAGGAAGGUCCUGAUGUAAAAGUCAGGGAUACCUCCCCUUACCACGAAUUAUAA